ACGAUGACAUGAAUUUUUCUUUCAAGCAAAGAGAAGAUAGAAGCAAUUUUCUUUUUCUUUUUUUUCGAGAGAAUCGUCCGUCCGUCGUUGUUGACGUUUGUGAAUUAUGGAAUUAUUUGAUAUUUGAUGUGGUCUGUAGCCUGUAUGUCAGAUUGUCAUAUUAAUCUAAGAGAACCAUCUUCUUAGCGGUUUUUUUCACACAUACACUUUUUGAGAAAGUUGCCGUAGCUCACCUUAACAAGAUGGGAGAGCGCAAAGGACAGAAUCAUUAUUACCCGCCUGAUUAUGAUCCACGGAAGGGAAGUCUUAAUAGUUUUCUGGGCACUCAUGCCUUGCGAGAACGAGCUCGUAAAAUACACAUGGGCAUUCUCAUCAUUCGAUUUGAGAUGCCAUACAAUAUAUGGUGCGAUGGCUGUAAAAAUCAUAUUGGCAUGGGUGUUAGGUACAACGCAGAAAAAAAGAAAAUUGGCAUGUAUUAUACAACACCAGUGUAUCAGUUUCGAAUGAAGUGUCAUCUCUGUGACAACCACUUUGAGAUUAAAACUGAUCCAGGGAAUUUGGAUUAUGUCAUUGUUUCUGGAGCUCGGAGACAAGAAAAUCGCUGGGAUCCAACACAAAAUGAGCAGGUUGUGCCAGAAGACAAGGACACCCAAAAGCGACUUUUUGAUGACCCCAUGUAUAAACUUGAACAUGGGAGCAAGGAUGAGAGCACCGCCAAAAGAGUCGCUCCUGUGCUCGGCCGUCUUAUGAAUAGAAAUGAAGAGGCUUGGAAGGACGAUUUUGCUGCCAAUGCAGCACUGCGCUCAAAAUUUAGGGUCAAGAAAAAGGAGAUGAUAAAGCAGGAACAGAAAGAUGCUUUGCUUUUACAAAAAUCAUCUUUAGGAAUUAAUCUACUUCCAGAAAAUGAAGAGGAUGCUAGAUUAGCAUCUCUACUUGCACUAGCACCUUCAAAAUCUAUGAUUGAAAAUCAAGAAAUGGCAAGAGACAACAUAAUGAAUCGACCAGCAUUGCCUAGUUGCACUGGGACGUCGCCUGGUUUCCUCGGGCUCCAAAAUGCAAAGCGUUUAGAGGAACAACACAAAUUGCGUAAAAAAAUCAGUACAAUAGUUCGCUCAAAAGUUAAAUUUAGGAAAUCUACUCCAUCAAUUUUAUCAUCUGAUGGCUCAAGUGAUAUUUCAAGCCCUUGCCGCUCAUCUUUGUCAGCUGAGAGCCCACUCAGACCAGUGUCACCCUCCCCCAUUGAAAUGUCAAGUGUUACCUCCCCAAAGCCCUGCAAUGAAGAGGAUGAUGAUGGAGAGACGAUGCUUAAAAAGUGUAGAGUAGAAGUUUGUGUUCAGCAGGCUACUCUGCAGAAGACACUUAAGUCUGAAAGUCCAAACUCAUCAGUAAGUCUGCUAUCAAGUGGGGGCCUGGUGUCUGGGGAUUAUGGAUCAUCCGAAUCAGAUGAUGGUUGACAAUCUCUCAUAGCAAUAAUCUUCUUGUGUUUAAGUUAGGACCAAACUGUGAGACAUUAUUUUUUAAUGUCAUUAAUGAGUACUACUUUUAAAGUCUGUGAUAUUAGCUCAGCUUUGGCAAUUUCAUAAAUGUGUGAAAUAUUGGACCAAAACUUUUCUCUUUAUUUUCAUUCACCUCUACCUUCAUUCACAUGAGACUUUUCAAGGUAUAAUAUCCUUACAUGCAAAAAUUACGAAUAAUAGCUUGGGAGCUGAUUCUUCUGUUCUGCGUUAUACACCUUAAAAGUAUUAGAGGUGAUAUUUAAUUUUGAAACUUUUUUGAUUUAUGCUAAACAAAGCUUGGAUGUGUUUUAUUAGAUAAAUGGGUGACAAUCUGUAUUUCUAUUCUUCGUAGAUGAUUUAAUAGAAGAAAGCCAGAGUUCUUUGGUCUUAUAACGGGAUAGGAAUGGGACUCCAUAUUUUAAAGGUCAAAUUCAAAUUGGAUGCAGAUGUAUAUUUUUCCUCGGAUAUUGAUGAGUAUUAUAUCUCCAUACCGAGGCCAUACUCUUAUAGUCAGACUACAAUGCUUGAAUCGUUUUACAUGGAAGACUGACUAUUAGUUGCAUCUGCGCUUGACUUCAGCUAAGCAGCCGUCAGCUGUCAUGCUGAAUCGGCAUCACAGCACAUACCAUGAGAAACGGACCCUUUUUCUCAUGAUCACAGGAAUCAAUCUCGUAUCCAGAUUAGCCCCAAGUCACCAGCAGAAACAAGCCGGCUACUUGAGGAAGACUUACUCUUAUAAUGUAAAUGAUUUGAAACAAUAAAGAAUAGAAAAUCACUA